UCAGUCUCUUCUCCCUCAGACCGUCCCACAUACUUCUUCUUUCUUUCCAGUUCUCCUUCUCCGUUUCUCUUGCUCUGUUUCUCUGACUCUGUUUCUCUCUGCAUUGCAGCAUACCAGAAACAUUAUUAAAAAAAAAAAAAAAAAUGGGUCCUAGCUAUGACUUCGCUUCAACAAACUCCAAAGCCAACCAUGAUACCUCACUUGCAAUUACACCAGUAGACCCCAAUGAACCCAUCUCCGCACCCAUUAUUUCCUCUUACAACAAACACAUUCGUCCUCUUCUCGAUGCCGUCGACAAGCUCCGGGAACUCAUGGUCAUGGAAGAAGGAAUUCAGCUCCCGACCAUCGUCGUCGUCGGAGAUCAAUCCUCCGGCAAGUCCAGCGUCCUCGAAUCACUCGCCGGUAUCAGCCUUCCGAGAGGUCAGGGUAUCUGCACCAGGGUCCCACUUGUAAUGAAACUCCAACAACACUCUGAUCCUCAGCCUGAACUUUCCUUGGCGUUCAACGGCGAAGUGACUUUCACCGACGAAGAUCAUAUCUCAGAAGACAUAAACGAUGUCACAGAAAGAAUUGCUGGCCGUGGUAAGGGAAUUUCCAACAGCCCCAUAACUUUGGUGGUGAAAAAGUUGGGUGUUCCUGACUUGACCAUGGUUGAUCUUCCUGGAAUUACCAGAGUCCCAGUUCAUGGACAGCCUGAUAACAUAUAUGAACAAAUCAGAGAUAUGAUCAUGGAGUAUAUAAAGCCGGAAGAGAGUAUCAUUCUCAAUGUGUUGUCUGCAACCGUUGAUUUCACUACCUGUGAAUCAAUUAGGAUGUCGCAGAGCGUUGACAAAACAGGGGAGAGAACACUUGCCGUGGUUACCAAGGCAGAUAAAGCUCCUGAAGGACUUCUUGAGAAGGUUACUGCCGAUGAUGUCAAUAUUGGUCUUGGCUAUGUCUGUGUCAGGAAUCGGAUUGGAAAUGAAUCUUAUGAAGAAGCUCGAGUGGAGGAAGCUAAUCUGUUCCAAACUCAUCCCCUUCUUUCAAGAAUUGAUAAAUCUAUUGUGGGUAUUCCUGUUUUGGCACAGAAGCUGGUUGAGAUUCAAGCGACUAGUAUAGCUCGAAAUCUUCCUGAGAUUGUCAAGAAGAUCAAUGACAAGUUGAAUACAAGUGUUGGUGAGCUCAACAAGUUGCCAAAGCAUCUGAAUUCGGCUGCUGAGGCAACCACUACUUUUAUGCAGAUCGUUGGGGUUGUGAAGGAGUCGCUGAGGAAAAUUCUUCUUAGAGGAGAAUUUGAAGAAUACCAAGAUGAUAAGCACAUGCAUUGCACCGCUCGUUUGGCUGAGAGGCUCAGCGAAUUCUCUGAUGAGCUUCAUACCUGUGCCGAAAGCGAUCCAAUUGGUGACUUUCUAAUGGAUGAGAUCAAGAUUUUGGAAGAAUCCAAAGAGAUUUCUCUGCCAAACUUCCUUCCCCGGACUGCUUUUCUUGGCCUUUUAAAUCGAAAGGUGAAGGGAAUUUCAGGUAAGCCGAUUGAGUUUGUUGGGGACUUAUGGGAUUACAUAGAAGAAGUGGUGAUGAAGGUUUUGAUGCAACAUGUGGAAGAUUAUUACCAGCUUCAAUUGUCCACCAGACGAGCAGGCCAAAACCUGAUAGCCAAGAUGAAAGAAAGGUCCAUCAAAUGGAUGCAGGAGAUUGUGGAAAUGGAGAUGGUGACAGAUUACACAUGCAAUCCAGAAUAUAUAUGUGAAUGGAAUAAGCUAAUGGCUCAAAGGGAUAUGUUCCUGUUUGAACUCUUCGAAAAUGAAGCAAGACCGAGUAAGGUGAAGAUUGAUGGUCUUUGGAAAGUUGAACACUAUGACAACAAAAACAGGUGCGGUGCUCCUAUAAAUGUUGAGCGCCUUGGGGAGAUAGAAGUUGAAGGUCUGAGACAGUAUAGGCAUCUUAUACCGCAGGCUUUUGACUUGAGGAUGAGGAUGAUUGCAUAUUGGAAGAUUGUACUGAGGAGGUUUGUUGAUUGUAUGGCUCUGCAUCUGCAAUUGAGUGUGAGGAAUUUGGUGGACAAGGAGCUGGAAAUGGAGAUCAUAAGUGAAUCUGUGGCAUCCCAUGUUGGUGGGAUUGAAAAAUUGAUGGAGGAAUUGCCAUCGGUGGCAUCUAAGAGGGUGAGGCUGAAUAGGAGCAUCAAAAAGCUUACGGACUGUAAAGCUGUUGUGGCUAACAUGAGGGACAGAAUUGUUUCCUAUGGCGAUUAAAAAAAAAGAAAAAAGAAAAAAAAGAAAAAUGUUUUUCUUCCCCUGCCCCUCUCCCACCUACUGCUGGUCUGCUUGUCUACUAAGAAUGAUAGUUUUGGUUGCUUUUUUCUUUUUCUAUGUACGGUACUUACUUUUUGGUGUGACCUUUCUUGCUUUCCGUCAACUUUAUAUUGUAUAAAUAAAUAAAUAAUUUAUGUAAUAUAUUUUUUAUA